UGUCAAAUUUGUCAGCUGUCUUCGUGAUUUUCAAUAUUUGCUUGUAAAAACAAAAUACUUUCUUAUUAAUUCUUAUAAUUAUUAUCACAUUAGAAUCCGCAUUAAAAUUCCCAAUCCACGAUGAAUUGCUGCCAAAAUAUCACGAUGCCCAGUUGCGUGUGGUUCGAGAGUGGAGAGAAGCAGAACAUCAUCGCAUCCAUAUUCGCUGGGUUACUUUUCUUCGCAGGAUGGUGGUUCAUGAUCGAUGCAGAGGUGACGAGGCCCAACCACUUGAAGGCGGCUCACGUGUGUGGCGUGAUGGCGACUUUAUCACUGAUCAUGAUCAACUCAGUCUCCAACGCUCAGGUCCGUGGUGAGACAUACACUGGGGGCUGCAUGGGACCCCGUGGAGCUCGCCUCUGGUUGUUCUUCGGUUUCGUAAUCGGAUUUGGAUCCCUAAUUGCGUCAUGCUGGAUUCUUUUCGCCAAUUAUGUCAAUGCUAAAGGAGACAACGAGACCUGGCCAGGUGUCUGCCUGUUCCUGCAAAACGCACUCAUCUUUGCUGGAUCCUUGAUCUUCAAGUUUGCCCGCACUGAGGAUCUCUGGGGCUAGAGAUCAAUCGAUUAUACUAAGUAAAUAAUGGGCCUGAUUCAGCAUGAAGUUAGUAUAUCUUUUUUCUUAUUUUUUUUUCUAUUCUUUUUUAUUUUCUACAACACAAUACUCAUGACUACAAUCGUACUGAUAAACUAUCAAAUAUACAUUUGUAUAUUGCUUUCUCCAUUGUUAUGGUUAAAAUCCUUCAACCAGUAAACUCUUAAUGGAGAGAUACGUAACCAAGUUGCAGAGGUACAGAAAAUUUCAGAAUCAGGCCUGUUUAUAGAUAGAUAAGGCUUAUAAAGUAAGACUCCAAUUUAUUGGUCACAACCAUUAUUUAACAUGUCAUCAUUACACUUUUAUUUUAAAGUAAUGUUAUUAUUUCAAAAUAGUUAAUGAUAUUGGAUGUAAGGUUUGAAUGGGAGGCUAGAUAGUGCCCUUUUUUAUAGUAAAAAAAUUGUAAAAUAUGAUAAAGAUUUUUGCUUG